AAACCCCAUGCUGGAAACUGACUGUCGAUAUAAAACAGCACCACCUAGUGGCCACUGACAGAAGAAUACAAAUGAAAGUGAAUUAAUAAAAAAUACAACAUACUGCUACUGCUAUACUACCAAACAUACUUAUAGAAAGCUACUAAGCUAGCCAUACAACCACUACCAAUUGUGAAGAAGAAGAAGAAGAAUAUGUAUUUUGGUCCCACAGUACCUGUGAGAACCCUGUUUAGUUUAAAGACCAGGAAUAACAGCCUGUAAGCAGCCAGAGAAAACCUGAAAAACAAAACACCCGUCAUGUGUGGAACGAUGGUGAUAUGAGCCCAUUGUCCUUGAGAUCACGUGACUCCAACAUGUGAAAGGGGAGAUACUUGUGUCUAGGCGCAGUUGUCUGCUCGGUCUUUCCUAUUUAGAGCUGUUAUUUGUGCAUGUUUGAUCUUCAGUCACUGACCAUGAAAAUCCUAAUUUUUCUCAUGUGUCUGUACCUUCUUCCUGUGAAGCCUAAAGACGUGGACCGAUACGCCUAUUGUGAAAGUUGUCUUACAACAGCACAAGAGAUUGAGAAAGCCAUGAAGGAAGCCCCAGCUGAAAGCAGACAGACAGUAGUGGAGAACCUCAUCAGUGGGGGUGUGUGUGAGAAACUGUCCUACAAACAUGACCACGUCUCUAUGGCCCAAAUUAAAUCUUCCUGCAUGCACUUGUUGGAGUCUCAUUACAACCAGUUCCAUGAAGCUUUGGUGAAUAAAGAACCAAAACAUCUGGAUAUAGUCCUGUGUUAUGAGCAGUCCAUGGCAUGUGUAGGGGUGAAACGCCAGUCUUUUGGGAGUGUGGAUGUGUGCGUGUCCGGAGAUGGAAGGCUAUGACGAGUUCUGUCUGCGGAGCUUGGCCGUAUUGCAGGAGGAGGUGACACGCAAGAAGACGACAUCUGAGCCACGGUGGUCCCUGAAGGCUCUCUCUGUCAUCCGCUUCCACGGGAGAGCUGUGCUUUCGCCUCUGUUGAGUGCAGAGCAGCGCAGUGAGAUGUGGGAACACAGACAGAAGGCGGUGCAGCUCGAGGUGGACAAGCAUAACAUGCAAAGGAACAACCUUAUGACCCGGGUUAAGGGGAUACUGGACCUGGCUCUGGCACAUAAAGUACCAAGUGAAGAUGUUGAAAAGCUGCCAGUUUAUCAAUCGGCAACAGUCACUGGCUACACCCUGGUCACCGACUCUCCUGGACUUCCCAGAGACCCUGGAUUUGGGCUUCAGACAAAUAAACAGCCAUGCUCUGAGACCCCCAUCCUCAACGGCUACAAGGCAGUGGAUGAAGUGAUGGUUGAGAAGGAAGAGAAGAGUGAAGAGGAAGAGGAAGAUGAGGAUAAUAGUUUGGACAGCCUUCUUAAGAGAUCAAGGGAGUAUGUGAAGAGAGAGCAGACCCAGCAGGAGUCAAACGUUGUCCACACAGUGACCAGGACUCCCCCACCGGAGACUAUCUGUGAUCAGGAGAGGAAGAGCUGCAGUCCCAUGGGGGACACAGGUUUUGAGUUUGGAUUCAGUUUGCACCAUAGCCCUAUUUGCCAACCUCAAACCCAAAUCCAGUAUCAGACUCUAUGCGACCCGAGUCCCCAACAGUCUGGCGGCCUCUCACCUAGUCUACCCGACCGGUAUGCUCGUCUCCCCAGUCCCCAGUCCAGCAUUACCCCCCGUGCUCAAAAACGCAAACCACGUCCAUUUUCUACAGGGAACAUCCAUAUAUCGUUUCCCAUCGGCCCAGCAGACCUUAUACCCCGAAGUCCGGUGAGGUCAGGGAGAGGUGCUGGUAUGGCAGAUUGGGGAGAAUCUCUGUCAGGGGCCGUGAUGUCCCCCAGUCACAGGGGCUCAGUGGGGAGUGAAAGUGGUGGUGGUGUUAGCAGUGGCAAUCGUCGAUCCAGCCACUGUGGAACCAGUCCAUUGCAGGAGCCGUGCAGUCCCAUUAGUGCCUCCGGGUUUAGCCCAAAGGGACACCUUGACCAUCUAGCUGUAGGAUUUCGCCGGCGCUGCCACACGUUGGACAGCCAGCUGCAUAACUGCCACUCUGGAGUUGAGCACAUAGACCGCACCCAGGAAAGGGUUCCUCGCUUCAUGGCAGGAGUUACAUGCAUGGCUCCGAUUUGGCGCACGCCGGCAGUGCCCUUAAACCAGUCGUGUGAGGUAGAUACCCUCUCAUCAUCUCUGCUGAGGCCCUGCAUGACUUCUGACUCGGCUCAGGUCACACUCAGAAUGGAGCCUGAUGACCCUCACGGGACAAACAAUGGAAGGAUCACACCAGCUGACCUCAGAAAUGCAGCUGAGGCACAAGUCUACAAGACAGAGGAGACCCAGAGGCGAGCACUGGGGGACAUGCAAAGGCAUCUGGAGGAGGAGCAUGCCUUGCAGAUGUCUCUUCUCCUGGCUGAGCAGGAGAAAGAGCAACAGCACCUCUGUCUGGAGCUCGAGGAGACAGAUAGGAGACUGAAGGAGCAGGGGUGUGUGCGGCCUUUGAGCGGGGAUGCUUGUGGGUGGAAUUGUCGGUCUGUAAGUGACAGCCGUCCUGUUGCGAGCCCUUCCUGCCCAGGACUGAGCCUUGUGCACACACCAUCGGAGCCAUCACCUAGACACAGUAUAGGUUUUCCCAGUCCUGUAAGUUCCAGUGUGUCCUCUCCCUCUGUCCAGCCUCCCGUUUAUCUGUGGGGACCCACGUGGGCAGUUAGCAAACCUCGAGCGAGGCUAAGUCUGGUUACGACAGCAGAGCAGCAGAGAGCCUUCUGUCGAAUCGGCGCCAUCAUUCGCGGCUUCCUCACUCGCAGGCUGCUCAAAACUGAGAAGGUCAAACACCUGCGGCAGACCAUCAAGGAUACACAGGAGUUCAUCCGUUCAUUCCAGACUGAAGCUCCACAGAAGAGGGGCCCCUGCUCAGCACAAGAUCGCUCCCUGCAGGAGAGAGUUAGAGCCCAGUUACGUGCAGCCCUUUAUGACAUCCAUGAUAUCUUCUUUGAAAUGCCUCUAUGGGAUCGAUUGCCAUUGCUGCAGCAGGACAGGGAGCUCCGAGCGGAGAGGAAGCUGCGAGACUUGGAGAAAGCCAAGGGCCCCAAGGAGAGAGUUGUUCUGUCUGCUGCCACACAGAGGUCUAUGCACAGGAAAAAGAGGGUCGGUGAAUCCCCGUCAAUAGCUAGAAAGAAGCAGCAGAAGCCAAAGAGCCCCACUACUAACAGAGUCCUGAACCCAAGCCAAGGCCAAAAUGCUCCUGUGCCAGGCCAGCUGACUGGGCAGGGGAGCUGGUACAGAAAGACCCCAGAGGAGAGAGCGAGGCACUCAGACAGCCUGAAGAAGCAGCACUUGGAGGGUUAACAGGUGACUCAACUUCCCACGACCUGUGAACUUGAAUUUUUUGUUUUUGAAUACAAACUCCACUGAAAGUCCAGUCUGUGCUGCUAAUUAUGAUUGUACCUUCUGAAACUCAAAUGAUUGUAUUCACUACCACACUGGAGCUCAUUGGUAUACAUCAUCACAAAGUCAUUGUGUGUUAUUCUUAUAGCUUGCUGAAAAGGAUUCUUUCUAGUUGGCACAUGUUACACUUUUUUAAAAAAAAGGAAGUUAGUCUAUUUAAACGCAAGAAGAAGAAGGUCAGAGUUAUAGGGACAUCUUUUGUAUCCGUGCCCAAGAGCAUUGCCUUUACUAUCUGUAACAUGUUAGCAUGCAUAUAUGUACAGGUUGUGUUCAUAACCAUCGAGUGCUUAUAGCUGUAAGAUACUUUAUAAAAUUACUUUCAUGCUGAGUAUUUAAGUGAUUAUAAGAUAUUAAUUAGAAGUGUUUUGUUCAAGGGCUUUUACCUGUUUGUGCUUUGUUUCUUAAUGAAAAGGUGCUGAGUUUACAUAACUCAUUAUUACAACAUUGGUGAUAUAUUUGUUCAUAAUGGCGCACUGUUACAUUAAUGUAGCUUCACACAACAGACGAUGCACAGUAAACACUGAGUUAAACUAAAUUAUUGAGACGAUUGAUUCAAAUGCAUGCCAAACUCUGUAUGUGUGCCCUCAUUGUCUACUGCCCAUGUCCACACUGAGUAAUACUCUAAAUAAAAGAAUAGUCAUGUAAAUAUAUUAUUGUUAGGAAUUGGUACACCCACUAGUCCACUGUGAUCCCACACAGACGUAAUGCCGGCGUCAAUAGUCUUCAGUGUCUUGAUGUUGUUGGCUGUUAUUGCUGUACUCUCUUUAAACAUUUCUUUUGUUUAAAAUGCCAAAUUGUCAUGUUUUCUAUGACCAGA